AUGAACGGUUCCGUUGUCCAUGGAUCCUUGAGGCCUCUCAUCGCUAUGGCGCAAGAGCCGGAGCCAGAAGACCCGGGCGAGGCGUCUCUCAGGGUACGAGACGCAUACGCCCGGUGGGACGAGACCCUGACGAUCCAGACCAGGGAAUGGAGCUUCGGGGAAGAUCUGCUGCCAGGUAUAGCAGGAUUGGACGAGGAGUGCGCCAGAAUCACAAACGACACGUACCUAGCGGGUCUCUGGAGUAGAGACUGGCAGUACGGGCUGGUUUGGGAGGUCACAAACCCAGAGAUUGGAGACCUCGACGCCUCCCUUCGACAGAAGCGGCAGUCUUCCCCCUAUGUGGCCCCGUCGUGGAGCUGGGCAUCGCAAACCAGGCAGUUCGAGCUCCUCCCGAACCGUCGGUAUUUCCUCGAGGGCUCGUCCGAAGAAAAUGAUGGAGCCCAGAAGGUCAUGUCAGUUUCCGAAACGUUACCAUGUCACGUUUGCCCCGAGUUCGUCCUAGUCCGGCAUGCGAUGGAUUUGCAAUGGCGUAGCCAGUUCGGCCGUCUCAACAGCGGCUCUCACAUAUGUUUACUUGCUAAGCUGGCGGCAUUCUCCUCAGAUGUCAUUAUAGAGCCUCGCACCAGCGAGCAUCCCCCAUUCGGAUACUUUGUAGAUGGCAGCGGGAUUUGCGUGUUUGACUGGACGGUGGAAUCGACCCAGGUCCAACCGCCUGGCAAGAUGCAGCUGUUACUCGCUUCCAGCUGCUGCUUCCAGACCAAUAACUGGCCAAAACUCCAAUGGCUUGUAAGCCUUCGGAACACGCCAGAGUAG